UUCAAACUUGAUAGGUUAGGCUUCUUACUGAUUGUUGAAACGCCGCACGUGCGUUUAUCUGCGUUUAGGCUUGUGUUAAUUUAAAUUGAUUCUAGAAUGGGUUUUUCGCCAGGAAAUCGUGGUGGCGGUGGAGGUGGACGCAAUAGUUUUGGUGGUGGCGGAGGAAGAGGCGGUGGUGGGUUUCGAGGUGGUAGAGGCGGCGGAGAUGGUGGGAGAGGAGGACGCGGGGGUGGAUUUGGCGGAGGCAGAGGCAGAGGCGGUUUUGGAGGAAGUCGUGGUGGGGGCGGCGGGCGAGGGGGUGCGGGUGGCAGAGGAGGUCGAGGGGGUCGCGGAGGGCGAGGGGGAGGUGGCUUCAAGGGUGGGAAAACAGUUGUCGUUGAGCCACAUAGGCAUCCUGGAGUUUUCAUAGCUAGAGGAAAGGAAGAUGUAUUGAUUACUUUAAACUUAGUGCCGGGUUCUGAAGUAUAUGGAGAGAAGAGAAUAUCUGUUGAGACUGAGGGUAAUAAAGUUGAAUAUAGAGUGUGGAACCCUUUUAGAAGCAAACUGGCUGCUGCAAUUCUUGGAGGAGUGGACCAAAUUCACAUGCCUCCAGGUUGCAGCGUUCUGUACCUUGGAGCAGCCUCGGGCACCACCGUAUCACAUGUUUCAGACAUUGUAGGACCCGAGGGCUUGGUCUAUGCUGUAGAGUUUUCUCACAGAUCUGGCCGGGACCUUCUGAAUGUAGCUAAGAAACGCACCAAUAUUAUUCCCAUAAUUGAAGACGCCAGGCAUCCGCUAAAGUACAGAAUGCUGGUCGGCAUGGUCGAUACAAUUUUCGCGGACGUUGCGCAGCCCGAUCAGGCCAGGAUCGUAGCUUUGAAUGCACAGUACUUCCUUAAGAAUGGUGGACAUUUUGUCAUUUCAAUAAAAGCCUCUUGCAUAGACUCUACUGCUCAACCCGAGGCAGUCUUUGCUUCUGAGGUGCGAAAGUUGCAAGCGGACAAGCUGAAACCCAUAGAGCAAAUUACUCUUGAACCCUACGAGAGGGACCAUGCCGUAGUAGUCGGUUCUUAUAGGCCACAGGUUAACCAAUCCUGAUAACUGGGUUUGGUUUAAUAAUGGUUUGGAAGGCAAUUGUUUUUAGAUAUAAGUUUAAGUUGAAAUCGGCGCCUUUUUUUAUCUGGUACCAUUCAAAUGUUUUUCAGUAGUUGUGUAUAGAACAAUUUGAUUGCCACCAGUAAAAAGGGAUUAAAUGUACCCAGAUACCCUAAAAUAUUUUUUAUCAAAUAAAUAUAUAAAAAUGUACAUCUUUUUUAAAAAAAUUUCUCCCCCUAAAAAAAUCAUCAUCAUCGUUUUUGCAGGUUUAAAGUCAAAAUAUGUUUAGUGCUUUAAUAAUAAAUGAUUCGUA